CGUAAACGCGCGAUGUUUCGUGCACUAGGCUGCCUUUUUUUAUUGUAGACUAUAGCUGUCAGGGCGAAUACCUAUGCUUAUCUCAAUUUGACAUUCAACGCUACUUUUUAUAUGCUGAGGCUGAAUUUUUUCUUGUUCUGUUUCUCGUAGAUAUUCUCAAGAAUGUGUUAGGUAAACUUGGACAGACGGGUAAAUUGCAAACUGCUAUGGAUUCGUUAGAGAACAACUGGAAGACACCGAAUGGGAAUGCAAAGAUCUUUCAACACGAGCCUGAACAGGUUGUAGGCGGUGCAUCGGUUUAUUUUGCAUCAGAGGAGGAAGCAAUAGGAGUGGAAUAUUUAUUAGCAGAACCUGAGUAUGAUGAUAUAAUUGAUACUCUUCUAGGUUUUAACACAUGUACAUUCAGUGUUCCAGAGAGCUACUUUAAGGAGUUUUCAGCUCUGGAGUCUGUCUUAAUAAAAAGAGAUCACGUUCAAAGAGAUCUUAAUGAAGAUGAUAAAACAAGGGAGAAGUUUCUUGAUGGAUUGUCGAACGGAUAUGAUGAAAAUCAUUUCUCCAUUUCAUGUGAAGAUUACCUUUUGGAUGUUGAACUUGAGGAAGAGACUCCCACCCUCCAUGAUGUCACAAGAGAUAUUUCCUCUGUAGGGAAUGUGAAUUCGGAGAACCGGCUUUUGGAUUCAGACGGAAGAAAUGGUAUUCAUGUGUUAAAGUUGUCCGAUGCAAGUACCUCAUCUGAUCAUGAUGCUAUGCUAUUAGACAAAUUUGAUGGCAUGUCGACUGAUAAACUACUCGAGGUGUUCAGGAAGAUGUUUGGACAUCAAACUGAAGAGUUAUUAGAUAUUGAACUUGAGGAAGAGACUUCCAUCCUCCAUAAUGUCACCAGAGAUAUAUCCUGUAUAGGGGACGUGAAUUUGGAGAACCAUCUUGCUAAUUCAGACAGAAGAAAUUGUGGCUUUCCUGUGUUAAAGUUGUCUGAUGCAAGUACCUCAUCUGAUCAUGAUGCUAUGCUAUUAGACAAAUUUGAUGACAUGUCGACUGACAAACUACUCGAGGCGUUCAGGAAGAUGUUUGGACAUCAAACUUCAGUCGCAGAUAAGCAGGAACUUGUGGAAGAGAGUCCUGCCCUCCUUGAUGUCACAAGAUAUAUAUCCUGUAUAGGGAAUGUGAAUUUGGAGAACCAGCUAGCUGAUUUAGGUGGAAGAAAUUGCGGCAUUCAUGUGUUAAAGUUGUCAGAUGCAAGUACCUCAUCUAAUCAUGAUUCUGUGCCAUUAGACAAACUUGAUGACAUGUCAACUGAUAAACUACUCGAGGUAUUCACGAAGAUGUUUGGACAUCAAAUUUCAGUUGCGGAUAAGCAAUGGCUGCAACCCCAUAGAACAUUUGGCUUGCAAAACCAGGAGAUGUCAGACAAGAAUUUCAGUUUUCCGAAAUUCUCUCUUGAUUCGAGUGAAAAUCUCCUUACAGCAUCUACGGCCUUUGCUAGUAUAUUCAAUUUCAGAAGAAAGCCAAGGGUUCAACACGUGAAAAGGAGAGAACAUAUCCAAUGGAAUUCCUUCAAAUGGGAUAGCAAGGAGUCAGCUGAAGAAAAUGUAAAAUGUGAUGGAACGAAAUCAGGAAUAUCUGAACGGUAUCUGAAAAGUAAACCUUCACGAGGAGGAUUUGGUCGGCGAUAUUACCACAGAGGAGUCAAAGUAUCAUCACAAGGUCUUGGUAAAAGAAAUUCUCAAGUUGGAUGUGUCCAAAUUCCACCUGGUUUGCCAAUUGAGGACUGGCCUUUGGCACAAGGUUCUUCUGGCACUCUUUCUGACCAGUCUAGUGAUAAUACAUCUGAAGAUGAUUGGACUAUAUGGACCGAUACCCGAGGCACUAACCAAUACAGAAAACACAAGUAUUGGUCAACACCUGAGGUUGUAAAGUUGGUGGAGGGUGUUUCCAAGUAUGGAGUUGGUAGAUGGAGUGAUAUAAGGAGGAUGUUUUUCCAAUCAUCUGUGCAUCGUAGUCCAGCUGAUUUGAAGGACAAAUGGCGGAAUCUUCUGAGGAAAAGCAGCCGACGAUUGCAGAGCCAGAGAGGGGUUGAUGCAAAGAAGAAGCACGGUGUGCGCUCAAUUCCUCACGAUGUGUUAAACCGUGUUCGGGAGCUUGCUGUCAUCUAUCCAUAUUCGAGGCAAUGUAGAUCAAGAAUCUCUCCAACUGCAUCCGUUGCUUCUUCUUCGAAUGUGGAGUCUGAUCACCAGUGCUUCUCUAUGAAUGAGCAUAACGUAACAUUUUUGUCCUCUAACCCAAGUGAAUUCUACCAGGAAACUGGUUUCCACUAGGUGGGAUGCGUGGAUUGAAUCUCACAUAUAGAUACUAAGGUAUUUAGAAGGAUCAUACCUGUGAAAAAAAGAUAGAUAACUUUGACAGCAAAAUUCUUGGUAGGAUAUAUGUUUUGCAGGCAGUAGCUAAUUCUAAACUUGUACAAGUUCAAACUGGAGAUGCAAAUUUCUAACAGAUUGUAACUACUUCUAUUCUAGUUAAAAUCUUUUUUGUUAGAGAAUACUUAUUGGUAACAAUAUGUGCAAGACUGAAGAAAGUGGUUUUAGUUGCUAUCUUUGUUGAUUCAUGUAUGG